UAUAUAUAAGGACGUUGUUUUCAAACAUACUACAUUUCACAAUGGCGUUAGUUCUCGGUUUAUUGCUGUUGUUUGGAUCGCAGCUCAUCGAUACUCUCCCGUUCGAUACCGCUUGUACCCAUGGUGGUGAGGCUUUUAGAGCGGGCUGCAAUUUUUACGUACACGGAUCACAGCCAUUUAUAGAUUCCUAUUGUUAUGCGUUAGACCAGAACUUCUAUGGAUUCACACGCAACAUCUGCUGUGACGGAGUGUGUACCUGUUGUUUCCGCUUCUACCAGGAGUAUGAAUAUUAUUGGAACGCCCCAUUGCUACCAUUGAGGGAAUUGACGCCGGAAAUACACGAAACAUUGCUUGAGGGAUUCACGAUCCUGCAUACACCUUCGGGUGAAUGAUUUAAA